UUAUUUUUUCUAAAUUUUUAACUUUUUGUUUUAUGGGUGUUGUAUUAAUUGCUGCAAUCAUUGGCAAAUGUGUUAAUUCGUUAUUCCCAAAAUUUACAAAUUUUACUUUUUUUCUUAGCCAAUCAAAAAUAAGUUCGAAGCCUGUUUUUGUCUGUAAUUGUUUCAUAAAAUCCGAUCCUAGUAAAAUUUCGUAUGGACAAAAUUCAUCUUUUGCGACAAAAAUUUGGGUAUUUAUUUUUAAUUGGGAUAUUUCAAUUGUUAUAUCUAUUUUUCCUAUCAUGAAAAAUUCUUCACCGUUUGCUACACGGGCUCGAGUAUUGGGUAAAAGGUCGAAUUUUAUUUUCCCUAUUUUUAAAGCGGUUGAGUAUUUACAGUAACUUAUUGACGCGCCGGAGUCUAUUAAUGCCUUCAUUGUAAAAUUAUUUGUUUUAAUUUCUAUUAAAGGAUGGUUUAUUUCGGAUUCUAUGUCUAGUUCUAAAUUUGAUAUCUGAUAUAUUUUUGGGAUAUUUGAGUGAAUAAAAGCUUCCAUUUCAAUUUCUUCUAAAGGGGCGCUUGGUUUAAUAUUUGUUAUAUUAUUUAUUUCAACUUCUUUUAAUUGUUUUCUUUUUGGCCUUAAACUUAGAAAUGGUUGGAUCCAAGGGUAAAAAUAUAUUACUAAACCUAUUACAGCAACUACUGGAAUAAUAUAUAUAAGCCAUUCUAGGUAUUCUUUCCAUUUAGUGAGGCCUGUCAAAAUGCUUAAAGGGUUUUGAGAAAUGUUUUUCAUUGAUUCAAUUCCUGAUGCUACUAGGGAACCUGUUUCUUCUCCAAGUUUUAUAAGUAUAUUCGAAACAUUUUCUCUUGUUAUAUUUCUAAUAUUUAAAAUUUUUCUUGUUUAUUUAUUCGGUUCGCGUAGCUGUGAAGUACUGAGAUUGAAGCCAUUAAACUAUUUAAAUCUGAUUGGAAUAUAGUCUCUGCCCUAAAGAUUUUUCUGGCUUCUUCUGGUUUAUAUGGGAGAAAGUUGGGUACCAUUUCCACUGGAGUUAAUCCUUCUGUUGUGCGCCAUUGGCCUUUCUCAUCCUUAAAAACUGACUUGGGACGGUCCUCGCAAUUAAUUACUUCACUUUCAGAUACCAAGUCUUGAGCGUAUGAGCCGCUGAUUAAAAAUAGGGUUCUCGUUACAUUAUCUUCUUUAACUUCGACUGGGACUCUUUUGUAACAAGUCCCGUUGACUUCGUGAUUCCAAAAAAUUUUUGUGGGGUUUAAUUGAAAACAUCGAGAAAUUUCUAUAACUUCGCCUAAAAAUCGCGCGGUUAUGUCUUGUCUACGUAGCCAUAGUCUUGCUCCAAGAGUUGUAUCUAUACCCAUCAUAGUUUUGGCUGUCUCAAUUUGUUUAUUAUGAAUGUUACAAAUCUCACCCCAUAAUUUAUCGAAAUUUUUCUUAACCAUUUCUGCUGUGUGUAUUUCCAGGAAUUGUAACCUUGUGUUUAAUUGACUAUUUAUUUGUGAGUCUUUUAUUGUUUUGGGGCGUGUUUGGUUAUUCCCUAUUUGCCAGGGUGUGUCUCUUCUAAAUAUUUUUGGUUUAAUUCCAAAAAAUUUGGCCAUGUCUUUUACAACUAUUUUUUGUUUAUUAUCUAUAUUUUUUAUUUUUAUAAUUUUUUUGGGUUCUAUUAUAUUUUCUUUAUUUAUUAUAUUUAUUAUUUUUGUUAAUUCUUUUGGUUCAGGUUCAGGGUUAUUUUGUGUAUUUGGGAUUAAUGUUCUUGCUCUUUUUAGUAUGUUAAUUGAGGUACUGGUGAUUAUUUCAGGUCGUUGUGUUUGGAAAUGUUUAUUUGUUUGUAUUUUGCUUGCCAGAUAAUGUGGAGUAGAUAUUUUGAUUGGACUAGUUGGUAAAAUUUUUUGCUCUAUUUUAAUGGUUGGCCGUGUUAAAAUUUCAAUAUCAUUUUCAUGUAUAUUCGGCCUUUUGGUACUGGUUACGGUCUUAAACGGUAUUCCUGUUUUUACUCCUUCCGUUGGUUUUUGAGUGGUUCUUUUGUAAAUUGGGUUUAUUGUUUUUAAAAUUUUAGUUUGUAUCGUGGGGGUUGUGAAAGUAUGUGUUAUAAUUUUUUCUGUUGUUAUUUUAAUAUUUUCUUUAUUUGUAUUUGGGACUUUAUUAAUAUUUGUUUCUUUUAAUAUUUUUAUAUUUUGGUUUAUAUUUUGAGGUUGUGGUGUGGUAUAUUUUUGUAUUUGUCUAUUGGUUAUUUUUUCUGUUUUAAAUAUACUUUUUGUAGUUAUUUCAAUUUCUUUUUGCGUGGUGGCUCGAAUUGUGGGGCUUGUAUUUAUUGUAGAAUGUGUGGGUGAAAUCGUGGUCAAUUUUCUUGCCCUUUUUAAUUCUCUUUUUUUCCUUAAUAUCUCAUCCUCUUCCUCAUUUCCCCAUCCUAUUUCUGCAAACAAGGGUAUUCUCA